AUGGCAAGCUCGACAUCCCGGCCCCUGGAAUACCUAGAAGGUCUUCCCGGGACGACUUUUUAUAAGCUAUACCAGCAGCCAUCCACGGCCCUUGCGAUCUUCCGGCGCAUGCUGCCCGAUCUGGCAAAAUGCUUUGUGAUGGCAUUGCUUUACCUGAAAGACCCUCUUCCAACGGCUGAUCUGGAAGUCUGGGUCAACUCAGACAGCAAGAAACAACGAGACAAUGCGCUUUCAAUAUUGGGUCGACUACAUAUAUUAUCUACAACGCUUACAGGCGACAAUGUUCGCGCCUACAUGGUCACCAACCCAUUCGCUGCUUCGCUCCGACAAGCUCUGAUGGGCGCCGAGGACUCUCAGUCCUUCGGUGUAUUCUCACAAGCUGCUGAACAUAGCAUGACCUCGAUCGCCGACUUAGACGAAUAUGCCAGACGACAGUGGGAAGGUGUUAUGGGGUACAUGGUGGGAACAAGUGCUUUGAGUGGCCAGCGCGAUACGGUCAAUUUGAGCAAGGGAGUCAAACAACUUCUCCAAGCAGGACAUUUGGUUGAGAUCCGAGGCAACCGCGUCGACAUCACCAAGGACGGAUUCGGCUUCGUACUGCAGGAUGUGAACACCCAGGUCUGGCAUAUCUUGAUUCUCUAUGUCGAGAGCGCCGAAGCCAUCGGCAUGGACAGCGUCGAGGUUCUCUCAUUCCUAUUCCUUCUGAGCAGUCUGGAGCUCGGGUCGUCUUAUGAAAAAAGCCAUAUGACGCCAAACCAACUUCGCACUCUCACGGACCUGGCCGACUUUGGUAUUGUUUACCAAGAACAUGCCGACGCGACGCGCUUCUACCCCACCCGUCUCGCAACAACUCUCACAUCCGACUCGAGCGCUUUGAGUAACCCUGUCACAGGCUCUCUUACUGGGCCAGCCGGACAGUCUGGUGGUGCUGGUUCCGGAUUCAUCAUCAUCGAAACCAACUACCGGCUCUAUGCAUAUACUUCAUCGCCGCUACAAAUUUCCCUCAUCUCCCUCUUCACAAAUCUCAAAUAUCGCUUCCCGAAUCUGGUCACCGGAAAAAUUACGAGACAGUCUGUCCGCCGUGCCAUCGAGAUGGGAAUCACGGCUGAUCAAAUCAUCUCGUACCUAUUAUCACACGCGCAUCCACAGCUGCGGAAACACAGUGCCGCCCAACCCAGCAAUAAGGGUGUCCCGGCAUCUGUACUGCCACCUACCGUGACAGAUCAAAUCAGACUGUGGCAGCUGGAGCGAGACCGUCUCCGAGCCACGGCAGGCUUUUUGUUCAAGGAUUUCACCAGCUUGGCCGAAUACCAAGCUCCUUGCCAGUAUGCCGCGGAAAUCGGUGUCCUUGUCUGGAAAUCGGACCGGAAACGAAUGUUCUUUGUCACAAGACAUGAGCAAGUUGCUGCCUUUUUACGGAGUCAGAAGGCAGCAGGUAAGUAG